UUCAGCGCCCCUCCCUCCCCUGACUGUCUGCUAUGAAAUAUGGAUCAAGUUAGUAAGUAGCAGCAGCAAUCCCUGUCAGAGGCAGAUGGAUCACUUUCAUUUCGCAGGAUGAUUUCUAACACCCCCGAGGAUUCCCCGAGCAGCCGCAGCCCGGCUCGGAGCGGCGAUCGGAAGAGAGUCCUGGGCGUGGAGGGGAGGUUGAAGGCGUGAGAGCAUGGAAGGGGAUGCGGGGACUCCCUCCUAGUUCCAGAGCCAGCGAGAGGCAGGGAGGGCUCCGAGCCCGGGACGCUGCUGGGAAGUGCGAUCAACCCCCUGCCCCCCGCUAGUUGGGCUGGUUUCUUUGUCUGGAAUUCGCCCCCUUCUCCCUUGGGAUGCUGGCCGUUCGCCCUGUGGCUGGGGAUGUGGAAGAAACUGUGGAAUAAUAUGGGUGGCAAUCACUCCCACAAAACUCCCGUGUUUGAUGAGAAUGAAGAUGUUAAUUUUGACCACUUUCAAAUACUGCGAGCUAUUGGGAAAGGGAGUUUUGGAAAGGUGUGCAUUGUGCAGAAGAGAGACACCAAGAAAAUGUAUGCCAUGAAAUACAUGAAUAAACAAAAGUGUAUUGAGAGAGAUGAAGUCCGGAAUGUCUUUCGGGAGCUACAGAUCAUGCAGGGCCUUGAGCAUCCCUUCCUAGUCAAUCUGUGGUAUUCUUUUCAAGAUGAAGAAGACAUGUUCAUGGUGGUAGAUCUGUUACUUGGAGGGGAUCUGCGUUACCACCUACAACAGAAUGUGCAUUUUAACGAAGGAACUGUUAAAUUAUAUAUUUGUGAAUUGGCACUUUCACUGGACUAUUUGCAGAGAUAUCAUAUAAUUCACAGAGAUAUCAAACCUGACAACAUACUGCUGGAUGAGCACGCUCCAGAAGUGUUCCAGGCCUUUAUGGAUGGAGGUCCAGGAUAUUCAUACCCAGUAGACUGGUGGUCACUAGGAAUUACAGCAUAUGAAUUGCUGCGGGGUUGGAGGCCAUACGAAAUUCAUUCAGCCACUCCAAUUGAUGAGAUCCUCAACAUGUUCAAGAUAGAAAGAGUUCAUUACUCAUCCACAUGGUGCAAGGGCAUGAUAGCAUUACUGAAAAAGCUCCUCACUAAGGACCCUGAGUGCCGCCUUUCAAGUCUUGCAGACAUUCAGAGCUCUCCGUACUUAGCUGAUAUCAACUGGGAUGCUGUCCUGGAGAAAGCUGUGACACCAGGCUUUGUUCCUAAUAAAGGAAGACUGAAUUGUGACCCUACAUUUGAACUAGAAGAAAUGAUUUUGGAGUCCAAACCCCUUCAUAAAAAGAAAAAGCGACUUGCAAAAAACAAAUCCAAAGAUGGAGCGAAAGAAAGCUGUUCACUGAAUGUACACCUGCAGCAGUGCUUGGAAACUGUGAGGAAAGAAUUCAUCAUAUUCAACAGAGAAAAACUGAGAAGACAGCAGGAACAGAGUGGGCCGACGUCUAGUUUGGACAGGAGAGCAUCCCUUCAAACACAUGGAAAACUUCAGGAUGGACGCAACAACAACCUACUGGGACAUGGGUGCACAAAAGGCUGCAGCAGCUAGUUAGACACGCAUCUUGUUGCACAGUUUAACACCGAAAGGGUCCGUGAAAGCUCGUUUCUGUGCACAGCUUGAUAUUUCACCUCCCCCCCCAGGAAAACUGACUCCUACAAAAAGUGCAAUCCCAUUGCUGAGUACAAAGAUACAAAGCACACAGAUUGGGAGCUCAAUUUACACAGAUGACACUGUUUCUCUUUAGACUGUGCUACCAGAAAAAUGACCAUCAGCAGCAAAAUAAAAGGGGUUUCUAUGUUGACCCUCCUUUUGUAACAUCUUCAAAAUCCUGGAACAAAACUUGAAAGAAUUCAUUUGGACAUAGUCUCCAAGGUUGGCAGGUUUCUGGUUACCUGUAAGAUACAGUUCUGUCUGGGCCAGCGUUGUCCUUAAAAUCUUACAUUAUCAAAUGUUAAAGGAAAUACUCUGCCGUCUCUGUUAAUUAAAACAAAAAUUGGAAUAUGGAAUUUUGUGAGACUGCUAAACACAGCCCAAACAUUUGCCAUCAAGGUCAUAAUGUAUGUAUACAAUGUAAAUAUAUUAAUGUAGUGUGAAAUAGACCAAAUAUCUAAUACUUUCAUUUAACUACCCGAAAUGAGUUGAAAGAUUCGUAGCAUGAAUGUAUUUACAUUGUUCUUUAACUUUAUGCAUUCUGUUAGAUAGUAGAAGACCUGAUCCUGGUCUCAUUAAAGUCAAUGAGAGGUUUGUUGUUGAUUUUAGUGGAAGCAGAAUCAGACACAUGGAUAGUGUAUUAUUAUGAAGGUGAAAGAUCAUAGGCUGCGCAAGUGAGAACUCAAAAUCUGAGAACUAAAAUUGUUAGAAAUUUGCUCAUGUUCCUAACAUUUAGAGAGAAAGAUGUUGUUAUAAACUGUGAAAAAGUAAUGUGUCUGUUUCCAGUGAUCUGUUCUGGUUAAGAAUUGUCUUGGAUAGGGAAAAAUACAUCCACUUACUUAGGAGUAACACUGAUACAAAAUACUUUUUUUAAAAAAAAUUAUGGACACCUCCAUAUAUUUAUAGUAUUUUCAUAAUUUGGUACAUCCACAUUUUGUUAAUAAAUGCAUAAUUGUUCUGUGUUGUUCUUUUGAUAUUUUUUAAGAUCAACAUCUGUAAGCAAAUCUUCAUUUUCAACUUUAAAAAAAAAUAAAUUAGACUUUUUGGAAGCGAUAAUAAGCAUAUUUUAUUUAAAGUAUUCUAUUUUUAUUGUAUUGAUUAUAGCUUAAUUUUUUUACACAAAUCCUAUUUGUUUUUUAUAAUUGAAUCUAUUUUUAGAUUUGGUUGCACAUUAUGUAUAAUUUUUGGCAUAAAACAGUCAUAAUUUAGAUCCUUGCAGCUUACAAGUCUAGUGUAGUGAAAUAGAAUGAUUUUAGAUCUAUCAUCUGAAAAUGAUGUUGUUAAUUGCUUAGCUGUGGCAUAGCCUGGAAUAAAUACAAGAUCAAGACAAGGAGCAGAGUUUUUCUGGGCCCAUAGAGGGCAACUUUCAUUGUCCAAAAUAAACCUUUUUGCUUAUACUUUUUUAGAAUGACCUUGUUCUUGCUGAAAGUUUGUUUCUCUUGGGGAAAAAGCACAGCUGGUACAAUUUCAUGUGGUUUCUAGAGACUUCCAUAUUCCUACUGUAAUUUAAAUGAACAUACAGGAAAUGGUCCUGAAAGUACCCAUAUGAGUGAAUUUACUUCUUUGAGUAGUCUCUUCUUUGAGUAGUGAGAGACCACUCACAUAAGUAAAUGUUUGCAGGCUCAGCCCUAUCUAUGAUAAAUAUAGGUAGUGCAUGAAAUACUUGUAAAGUUGAAAAGAGAAUGACCAAUCCAGAACAAUGGCUAUACACAUUGUAAUUAUGAUUGUUUUGGGUGAAAUUACAUUUCUGUUACCGUUGUCCAUGUUCGGUCUGGUGCAACAUUGGCAACAUAAGGGAUUCUGUGUCCAUGGAA